AUGGCGGCCAUUUACUUCUCUUCUUCUACUCCAAAACCGCUAUCAAAAUCUCUAUGCAGCACCAAUUUAACUCGUUUAUCCUUCGUAACACUCAAACCCAAGCCAUUAGCUGCAACUCUCCGUUCUAAAGCAAAAAUGGCGUUGGCACCUUUUGAUCCUAAUAAGAAACCGUCGUCAUUUUCUCUUGACAUCGGGACCUCCUACAGCAAGAAGGAAGAGAUCUCCCUGCCGGUGGUCAGGAAAAGGAAUUACGAUUUGAAACUCACUGCGCCGUCUCUGCUCCUCUCCCUUUCUUCAACGCUCCUCCAAAAUCAUCUAACUCCAUCGGAUAUCUGCAACACGCUGCUUAAAAAUAGUAAUGGUAUAGAUGAAGAUGGAGGAGGCGAUUGCGCGGGGGACGGCACAGCAAAUAUAGAGUCACCGCCACCGCGUACUGUAAGUCCUGGUCUUCAUACCUGCUUUGAAAGCAGUAAAAAGAUCUCCCCAUCAGGCUAUGCAAGAGAGACACGAUUUGCAUUUCAUUGCAACGUCUCAGCUCUUCUUGUCAGUGCUGCAGCAUUAUCAAAAUUCCUUGCAUCAUGGUUGGGUUUUCCAUCAAAAAUCCUCCCCAAUUUAAUACCUUGGAUCAUUUUCAUUCUUGUGAUUGUGCUACUGAUCAUAGCUAGUAUUGCUAAAAGGCGUGGUGAUGGCUAUGGUGGUCGCAGCAAUGGUGGCUCAGUUGUUGCUGUUGAAAAGGUUUUGCUGGCAAGGGCAAAGCCUCUGGCGUCUCUUGAUCUUAAAACCUCCGUUUUCAACAAGGAGAAGAUCAUCCUCGAUGGCCACGAUGAGUACAUUGUGAAAGGAGGCAGGGAAUUGUUUCCCUUUCUCCGGAAUGCAUUCAAGGGAAUUAAGCAGAUUGGUGUGAUUGGAUGGGGUUCUCAGGUGGAUACACUCUUCCUGACUCUGGAGAACCUCAUUCAUUAUAAGGGUUCUGUUCAAGCUCAGAACUUAAGGGAUUCUCUUGCUGAAGCUAGGUCUGAUAUAAAAGUCAAGGUUGGUCUUAGGAAGGAUUCUUGUUCUUUUGUUGAAGCCCGUGGUGCUGGUUUUACUGAAGAGAACGAUACUUUAGGUGAUAUCUGGGAAACUAUUUCAAAAAGUGAUCUGGUGCUGCUAUUGAUUUCUGAUGCUGCACAGUCUGAAAAAUGCAACUUUAAUCUCAUGCAUCAGGCAGAUAUUCAUGAGCAAGUUUUCUCCCACAUGAAGCCAAACAGCAUACUUGGGCUGUCCCAUGGAUUUCUUAUUGAGCAUUUGCAGUCAAUUGGACUUGAUUUCCCAAAGAACAUCAGUGUGGUUGCUGUGUGUCCCCUGGUGGAGGCGCAUUCUGUAAGGAGAGACUAUGCUCAAGGCCAGAAGAUCAAAAAUGAUGCCGGAAUUAAUUCCAGUUUUUCUGUCCACCAGGAUGCCAAUGGUAGAGCCAAAGAUGUUGCCUUGGGAUGGUCAGUAGCCCUUGGCUCACCUUUUACAUUUGCAACCACAUUGGACCACGAAUGCAAAGCUCCUGCACUUUGA